CAGGACUGGAGGCACCAGUGUAGCUCCAGCAGACUAAACUUGUCUCAGAGAAGACAACAUGAGGACCACAGUGUUGUGUGUCGCUCUGCUAUCAUUGGCUAGCAGAGCCUCGCAGGCCGCAGACUCCAUCCAGAGGUGGGACACCAGUGGACCCAACGGUCUAGGACCUGACUUGCGCGCUUCCUGUCCGAUCACGUUGAGACCCUCAGGCCAGUGUGGCCCCAGGGCGGAGGACGGGGAGGACUGUCCCUUCCAGCUCACGCUGCCUCCACUCACUGUCCAGCUCCCCAAACAGUUCCGGCUGCUGGAGAAGACCAUGAAGGAGCUGCAGAGCCUUAAGGAGGUGGUGAACAAGUUGAAAAACAGCUGUCAGGAGUGCCGUGGGGUUCGCUCAGGGGCGCCACCACCGCAGAUGGACCAGGGAGGACCGGAGCCAACAGGUGGAUCCAGUCCGGAGGAAAGAGACGUUCAGCCAGCAGGGAAGAACUUGGCGAGUGUCAGCAGCGUGCAGGAGAUGCAGGUGAAGCUGAAUCGGAUGUCCACCAGCCUGCGAAAUGCCCGGAGCCAGAUCUCCGUCUUGCAGGGUCGUCUGGAGGGUCUGCAGUUGCUCAACAUGGACAAUGUGCAGGCCGUGGUGGACCAGCGGGUGGAGAAUAUCACUGGAGUGCUCAACAAACUGAGCUCCACCUGCACCAAUCAGUGUGCCGUCCAGACCAGCCCUCAGUUCAUCCUGGCCCCACGAGAUUGUUCGGACUACAACGUGCUAGAGAGCAGGAAGAACGGUGUGUACAGAGUGACGCCAGACCCACGCAACGGCACUUUUGACGUCCUCUGUGACAUGGAGUCCUUUGGUGGAGGCUGGACGGUCCUACAGAAGCGGCUGGACGGGUCUGUCAGCUUCAACCGCACGUGGGCCGACUACAAGAAAGGAUUCGGGAACUUCAGGGGCGAGUUUUGGCUAGGCAACGACCUCAUCCAUCUGCUGACGAAAGCCAAGGACAUGAUCCUGCGCAUCGAGCUGGAGGACUUUGAGGGCAACCGAGAGUACGCCAAGUACGACCAGUUCUACGUGGCAAACGAGUUCCUGCGAUACCGCCUCUCCAUCAGUGGCUACAGUGGGACAGCUGGGAACGCCAUCAGCUUCAACAAGCUUUUCAACCAUGACCAGAAGUUCUUCACCACGCCUGACCGUGACAACGACAUGUACCCAGCAGGGAACUGCGGCGCCUACUACAGCUCGGGUUGGUGGUUUGAUGCCUGCAUGUCAGCCAACCUUAAUGGCAAGUACUACCAUAAGCGCUACAAAGGAGUCCGGAACGGGAUCUUCUGGGGCACAUGGCACAACAUGUCCUCAGAGUACUACCCAACAAACUACAGACAGGCUUUCAAGACAGUCAAGAUGAUGCUCCGCCCAAAGAACUAUGCCCCGUAGGUGGAACGGUUGACACGCACCAACAGCUAUGUGGACUGUAAAGACGGAUGCCAUCAAGUCUGUCCUCCAGCACCUUCCUCAGCUUUCACAGCAGCUUCACGUGGACUCGAAGAACUACACACAUGAUCAUGCAGGGAAAUCCACCCGUCACCUCAUGAUUCCAAAGAGAGGGCUACUUUAUAAGUGCCGCCAGGAGCGAUCCCACGACCUAAAGGGGAGAACUGAACAGAGCACGAGCGAGUCCCAGCCAUGUCUAGGUGGUCAUUCUGGAGUCUGAAAUGUGUGCGGAGGAAAGUCCAGCUUUAUCAAGUCGAUAUUUAUUUACGUAUGCCGGCAUACAUACCCGAUUCCCACCACCACCCACAGUACCAGCCCUCUUGAAUCCAUGUGAGUGUGGAUUGCUCUGUGGAUAGAAGACCGCUCCCGAGCAGACCGACCCCGCCCACGAGCCUGGCUUCAGACUGGACUCAAGUAGACCACAUCCAGACGAGAGUGACAUCAUUCUCAAUUUGGCCUUCUUCUAUAGAAUCACUCGCAGACUGGUUGUCAUGGGAGACCCGAAUACAGGGAACAAUGCACCUGGCAUCAUAACCUCUAGGUUCACAGGGCUCCCAUCCCUAAACCACCGUCCCGACCACAGGAGAGACCAUAGAUAAAUCAGGUUGCUCUUGUCUAGAUGUGUCAUUCAGCAGCCAGACAUGUGGGUUAGCCACACUGCUAAAGCUAAGGUUGCUGUCACUCAUUUUACUGUUGCUGCAGCAACUGUUGAUAUUACUCAAGCUAAUGCUGAUGUUGCUAGUAAAUGUUGCUAAAGUAUUCCGGCAUUCCAGUAUUGUGUUGUUAAAUGACAACAAUGUCGUUUUGUUACAUUUAAAUGGUUUCCAAACACUCUUUUAGGGCUCUUGUCGAAGUGUGGCAUGAAGAGCUCCCGCUCUUUCUCUAUCGAGGCCUCCCUCCACAAGAGUCAGCGCUCUAUGGCAGAGUGACAGCGUUGCUUGCUGAGCAACAUCUCUGUUUACUCACUCCACUUUUGAUGGCGUGUGAUGUUUUUACCCAGCACAUAAUCACACAUGAUGCUUCUGCACCACACGAACACCCACUGUUCCAGCGCUGUGAAGGGGAGACUCGGAGAGGCCGACUUGUCACAGUGCUAUCUCUCAUUCAUGCUGCAGAGUCAGCAGCUUUCUGCCGACGCCUGAAUAAAGAUGUGACGAAAG